UCUCCCUGGCUUGGCCUGGGCUCAGUGGCAUCACUCCCAGCCCUUUGAUGGGGCAGGGGGCCACAGGGGCUGGCACUGCCUGUCCACACUGACUGACUGCUAAGCUCCACACCCAGCAGGGAGGUGAGAGCAGCAGAUGGUGAGGGGGAGGCACAGAUCACCUCGUGUGGGAUCGUGGCUCAUUGCAAGGAGAGCCAGGGGCUACAGUGAGACCCUUCCCUUCUGUAUGUGACAAUAACAUAAAGAUGGUAGUAAAUAUCCAAAAGGUUAUUUACAGGGAUGGGGCAUUGUUCCCCUUGGUCUGCUGGUGCUUGGUGAGUGUGGGUCAUGCAACCGUGUGCUGUGCAGACAGCAAUGUAUGGCCACUGCUCUGCUGGGGAGCAGAGGGGGAGCCCCCUAGAACAGCACCAAGCCCUCAGGGGCGGCCAUGUCUCCUUUCAGACAGCAAUUUCAUCCUGGCCAAUGCUCAGGUCCGACGUGGCUUCCCCAUUGUCUAUUGCUCUGACGGCUUCUGUGACCUGACCGGCUUUGCCCGCACCGAGGUGAUGCAGAAGAACUGCAGCUGCCGCUUCCUCUGCGGGGCUGAGACCAGCGAGCCCGUCCUGCAGCACAUCGAGAAGGUGCUGGAGGGCAAACAGGAGCAGCAGGCCGAGGUCUGCUUCUACAAGAAGGGUGGAGCUGCUUUCUGGUGCCUGCUGGACAUCAUGCCCAUCAAGAAUGAGAAGGGGGAGGUGGUGCUCUUCCUCGUCUCCUUCAAGGACAUCACAGAGAGCAGAGGAAAGAGCCAUCCAAGUGACAGAAAGGAGGAGAAGCAGAGGAGCAAGAAACCCGGCAGCUCACACCUGCGGGCAGCACGGCGGCAGGGCCGGACGGUGCUGCACCGGCUCAGCAGGCAGUUUGCACGGCGGGACCACAGUGAGAUGAAAAUCAAUCGGAACGUGUUUGAGAACAAACCCUCCAUCCCGGAGUACAAGGUGGCCUCGGUGCAGAAAGCCCACUUCAUCCUGCUGCACUACAGCAUCUUCAAGGCCCUGUGGGACUGGCUGAUCCUGGUGGCCACUUUCUAUGUGGCUGUUACUGUCCCCUACAACGUCUGCUUUACCAGCACAGAGGACAGCCUCUCAGCUGCACGCAGCACCAUCGUCAGCGACAUCGCGGUGGAGAUGCUCUUCAUCCUGGACAUAAUCCUGAAUUUCCGGACGACAUAUGUGAGCCAUUCAGGCCAGGUGGUGUACGAGCCCCACUCCAUCUGCAUCCAUUACGUGGCCACCUGGUUCUUUGUGGACCUGAUUGCUGCGCUUCCCUUUGACCUGCUCUACAUCUUCAACGUGACUGUGACCUCGCUGGUUCAUCUGCUGAAGACGGUGCGGCUGCUGCGGCUGCUGCGGCUGCUGCAGAAGUUGGACCGCUACUCGCAGUACAGCGCCAUGGUGCUGACGCUGCUCAUGUCCGUGUUCGCGCUGCUGGCCCACUGGAUGGCGUGCAUCUGGUACAUCAUCGGCCGCAAGGAGAUGGAGAGCAACGACCCGCUCACCUGGGACAUCGGCUGGCUGCACGAGCUGGGCAAGAGGCUGGAGGCUCCCUACAUCAACAACUCUGCGGGGGGGCCCUCCAUCCGCAGCGCCUACAUUGCCUCCCUCUACUUCACCCUCAGCAGCCUGACCAGCGUGGGCUUCGGCAACGUCUGCGCCAACACUGAUGCCGAGAAGAUCUUCUCCAUCUGCACCAUGCUCAUUGGGGCACUGAUGCACGCUGUUGUCUUUGGCAACGUCACGGCCAUCAUCCAGCGCAUGUACUCGCGCCGCUCGCUCUACCACACCCGCAUGAAGGACCUCAAGGACUUCAUCCGCGUGCACCGCCUGCCCCAGCAGCUCAAGCAGAGGAUGCUGGAGUACUUCCAGACCACCUGGUCGGUGAACAACGGCAUAGAUGCGAAUGAGCUGCUGCGUGACUUCCCUGACGAGCUCCGUGCCGACGUGGCCAUGCACCUGAACAAGGACAUCCUGCAGCUGCCCAUCUUCAAGACCGCCAGCCGAGGCUGCUUGCGCUCCAUCUCACUGCACAUUAAAACCUCAUUCUGUGCUCCGGGCGAGUACCUGCUGCGGCAGGGCGAUGCGCUGCAGGCCAACUACUUCGUCUGCUCCGGCUCCCUCGAAGUGCUGAGGGACAACGUGGUGUUGGCCAUCCUGGGCAAAGGGGAUCUGAUCGGCGCCGACCUGGCCAGCAGGGACCCGGUGAUCAAAACCAAUGCGGACGUGAAGGCGCUGACCUACUGUGACCUGCAGUACAUCGGGCUGCGGGGGCUGCGGGAGGUGCUGCAGCUCUACCCCGAAUACGCCAGCAAGUUCGCAGCAGACAUCCACCAGGACCUCACCUUCAACCUGCAGGAGGGCAGCGAGAUGGAGGGGCUCGGCCGCUUCGCCCGCUCCCCGCGCCUCUCGCAGGCAUCGCAGGUUCGUGCUGUAAGGUGCUGGGAGCCGCGUGGUGCGGGGAGCAGCACUGACCCCUCCACCGGCACCCGCAGCGCCCCUCGGACGGCGGCCCCGGCCCGGAGCAGCCCCUCCCCUGCAUCGCGGAGGACGAGGAAGAGGCGGAUGAGGUCUUCGUCUUCCAGCGAUCGCCUCCCGCCGUCGCCCCCCGCGAACCGCUGCUGCCCCAACUCAGCGGCCCCGCGCGGCUCCACGGAGCCCCUCGCGGAGACGAGCGCGGCGUCCCCACGGCGCGGACCCGGGGGGAGGCGGGGGGCGGCGGGGGCCGGAAGGCGGCUCGGCUCCUCUGCCCCUCCCUGCACGCCCCCGGGCCCCUCGAUUUCGGCCCCAGGUGAGAUCGAGGGCUGCGCGUGUCCGGGAGGGGGCGGGGGUGGACGAGGCGAGGACGAGGUCGGGUCCUCACCGCCGCCCCGCAGGGUGGUGGACGGGAUCGAAGACGACGGGGGGACCCGGGACGCGCGAACCUCCUGCUUCGGAGCGGCCCCUCGGCUGCGGGGCGGGUCCAGGGGCUCCCCGCCACCAGUUGCAACCUGCCUCCAGGUGGAUCCAGUGCAGAACCUGCAGCAUCCUUAACUCUUGGCACUCCUGCACUUAGGCCACAAUGGCAGGUCGAGGUGGAGCUGCUCGACCGAAUGGACCAGCUGCUGGAAACAAAAUCUGUCAGUUCAAACUCGUCCUGCUGGGAGAGUCGGCAGUGGGGAAAUCCAGCCUUGUUCUGCGCUUUGUGAAGGGGCAGUUCCAUGAGUACCAGGAGAGCACGAUUGGAGCUGCCUUCCUAACGCAGACAGUUUGUCUGGAUGACACAACGGUGAAGUUUGAAAUAUGGGACACGGCGGGACAGGAGCGGUAUCACAGCCUGGCACCCAUGUACUACCGAGGUGCUCAGGCAGCCAUUGUUGUCUACGACAUCACUAACACAGACACAUUUGUACGAGCCAAGAACUGGGUGAAAGAGUUGCAGAGGCAGGCCAGCCCCAAUAUUGUAAUUGCACUAGCAGGAAACAAGGCAGACCUUGCUACCAAGAGAGCUGUGGAUUUCCAGGAUGCACAAGCUUAUGCAGAUGACAACAGCUUGUUGUUCAUGGAGACGUCGGCCAAGACAGCAAUGAAUGUGAAUGAAAUCUUCAUGGCAAUAGCCAAGAAACUGCCAAAAAAUGAACCCCAGAAUGCUCCAGGUGGUCCGGGCAGGAAUCGGGUGGUCGACCUUCAGGAGAGCAGUCAGCCCAGCAGGAGCCAGUGCUGCAGCAAUUGAGCAGCUGAUCUCGCCCGAUGGAGCCCUCGAAGGACGUGACUGGAAUCCACGCUAACAAUCGCACUUACCGUAGAGCAGCUGCUGCCGGUGGCUGCUGUGAUUUCUCCAUCCCUUUCUGAUCAUAGGCUGGAGGGAGUUCUUCCACCUGCACCUUUCUGUACAAAUACUAAUUCAAUUCUAAGUCUUAAGUCACUUUUUUAAUAUAUGAACUUCUGCUCUUCCCUCUUCCUGGUGGUGGUGGAUGCACGACCUGGUGUCUGCCCAGCCAGCUCAUCCCUCCCCACGGGUGAGGGCCAGCAGCACCCAGGUCCCACAGUACUGUAGUUCACUAUUGGAAACAAAGGGAUAUUGAGACUAGACAGCCUUGUUUAAAGUUACCCACGUGUAAAAGCUGAGGCGAAUACCAGUACGAUAUGCCUAGAACAACCACUAAACUGUAGCAUUAUAGUGACAAACUCCGGCUCUUCAGCCACUUAUUGACCAAAUCAAUUAUGAGUAUUUUGGGGUGGGGCAGAGGGAAGAAAAACUGAUUUCUUCUGUAUUUUGUAUUGUAUGUUUCUUCAUGUAACCAAUCAGUAUCUUGUCAAUAUAGAACAUACAACUA